AUGACAUACGAUGUCGAAGAAUAUUUAAGUCCAGCUACAGUCCUAAUUUGUUCGAAGUACCAAGGUAUUGGCCAUUUUCGUCGUCAAUGUAUGCAUAUGUAUGAAACUUGUAAAGUGUGCGGUACAGAAUGUGCGGAUCUUCGUCAACAUAAUUGUACAAAUGUUAACAAAUGUAUACAUUGCAAUGGCAAUCAUUUGUCGAAUUCUAUUAAAUGUCCAAUUGUAAAAGAUUAUCGUGCUGCUCUGACAAAGAAAUUAUUGUCAUCAACAGCAACAUCCACAAAUAAUAAUAAUAACAAUUACGUUUACAACCCAGCACUCGAUCCUCCUCUUCUACUACCUCAAGGUAUGUCAAUACCUAAUGCUUAUAGUUCUGUCACGAAUAAAAUCGAGGAACUAAUUGAUGGUCUGGCUAAAAUGAAUGAAACUCUGGAGAGAAUGGAUUAUAAGAAUAAAGAGGUUGGAAAUUUUAUGAAUGUAAGAAAGAAAAAUGAUGAUUAA